CCGUCCAUCCAGCCUUCCUGUCUGCCUAUCGAUCUCCAAACAUCUGGAACACGUCAUAUUUGUUUUUACAAGGCAAAAAAAAAAGAGUGAAGAAGGGGGUGGGGGAGGCAUGCGGGCUCCGGAGGAGUGAGACGGCAUCAUCAUCAUCUUCAUCAUCAUCAUCAUCAUCUGCUGCUGCUGCUGCUGGAGCACUUGACACCUCCACGAACGGCGGCGAGCGUGUCGUGCGCGAUCGCGGCUCUGCAGACACGCCAAGGCCGCUCCAUGGCACCCUGAUCCCCCCCUCCUCCUCCUCCUCCUCCCCCUCCUUCUCCUACACCUCCUCCUCCGGCAAGCCCUCCGUGCGGAUCGCGAUUUAAUAGAGGAGAGGGGUUUAAUAAUCCCACUGAGACAUUUUACAUCUGAAGGGGGGGUGGGUCGGUUGAAGGGGAGAGGGGGGGCAACGCAAAAAGGUGCGCUGUUUUCAGAUUUUUGAUUUCCCGGAUUUUUUCUUUUCUUUUCUUUUUUUGCGAUGGACUGGCAUGGCAUGGCACGGCUCGGAUUCCUCCUGCUGGCGCUGCGCGGACUGCGGGGGCUGAGCGCCGCCUGCCCCGCCGCCUGCACCUGCACCGGGUCGCGAAUCGCGUGCGUCGACGGAGCGUCGCCGAGCAUCGAGGAUUUCCCGCUGCUCACGCUGGACGACAUGAAAAACAUCACCGACAUAUACAUCGCGAAUCAAAACAGGCUGUUUGAGCUCAACGACAACAGUCUGAGGCACUACAUAAACCUCCGAAACUUAACCGUGACAAGGACCAGAUUGACGUUCAUAUCCCCGGAUGCCUUUUACAAUAAAACGAGACUGCAAUACGUGAAUUUGCGAGACAACAACCUGGCAACACUGUCAUGGAGGAUCUUCCAGAACUAUAACAUCUCCUAUUCUCUCCUGCUGUCUGGAAACCCUCUGGACUGCGUCUGCGAGAACCUCUGGAUCAAACUGAGGAGCCAAGAGGAACCCGAGAGCCAAGAUCUGCAGUGCAAGGACGAACAAGGAGGGACAAAAGCCUUCGCCACGCUCACGCCGCCUGACUGUGUGGUUCCUCAAGUAGAGGUCACCCCUACAAUGGUGACCGAGGAGCAAGGUGGCGACGUCGAAGCGUUGUGCAGCGCCUCAGGCUCGCCGACUCCGGACAUCCAGUGGAACCUGGACAUGGUCUUCUCGCACUAUGAGAUUGACCCCAUGGAGAUGGCAAACAGGCUAACCCUAACCAAUCUAUCCCCCGAGGACAACGGUCUGGUGAUCACGUGCACGGCCGAAAACAUGGUGGGUCAGACGGAGGCCACGCUGCAGCUCAACAUCCUCUUCGCCCCCAUCAUCCAGCAGCUGCUGGAACCGAAGCAAGACCACCACUGGUGCAUCGCCUUCAGCAUGACGGGCAACCCCAAGCCGGCGCUGCAGUGGUACUUUGAAAACGUGACGCUGCAGGAGCAGGACUACAUCAGGACCAUGUUCCACCAGUCCACCAAGAGCGAGUACCACGGUUGCCUGCAGCUGGUCAACCCCACGCACAUCCACAAUGGCAUUUACCGCCUGGUGGCCACCAAUAAGUACGGCAGCGACGAGAAGAUGGUGGCGGCGAAAUUCAUCGACCCGCCGUACGACAACACAGACUCACCAUUGCCGCCAAUGGAUGACAGCAUUGCUGUUUAUGUGGUGGUGGGAAUCGCCGGGGUGGCUUUGAUGGGCUGCGUUCUGAUGGUGAUUAUUCUCAAAUAUGGAAGGAACACCAAGUUUGGAAUUAAAGGCUCCUCGUCGGUCAUCAGCAACGACGACGACUCGGCCAGCCCUCUCCACCACGUCUCCAACGGCAACAACACGCCCUCGUCCUCCGAGAUGGCGCCCGACGCUGUCAUCAUCGGCAUGACCAAGAUCCCCGUCAUCGAGAACCCGCAAUACUUUGGCAACUCCGGCAGCAUGCUGAAACCAGACACGUUCGUGCAGCACAUCAAGCGACACAACAUCGUGCUGAAGCGCGAGCUCGGCGAGGGCGCCUUCGGCAAAGUAUUCCUGGCCGAGUGCUACAACCUCACGCCUGACCACGAGAAGAUCCACGUGGCCGUCAAGACACUGAAGGAGGCUAGCGAGAGCGGGCGUGCCGAUUUCUACCGGGAGGCGGAGCUGCUCACCAACCUGCAGCAUGAGCACAUCGUCACCUUCUACGGAGUCUGCGUUGACAGCGACCCCCUCAUCAUGGUCUUUGAGUACAUGAAGCACGGAGACCUCAACAAGUUUCUCAGGUCCCACGGUCCGGACGCGGUGCUGAUGGCGGACGGGCAGCACAGCAUCCUGGUGGAACUGACGCAGUCGCAGAUGCUGCACAUCGCGCAGCAGAUUGCCGCCGGCAUGGUCUACCUGGCGUCGCAGCACUUUGUGCACAGAGACCUGGCCACCAGGAACUGCCUGGUGGGCGAGAACCUACUGGUCAAGAUCGGGGACUUUGGCAUGUCCAGAGACGUCUACAGCACAGACUACUACAGAGUGGGCGGCCACACGAUGCUGCCCAUCCGGUGGAUGCCCCCGGAGAGCAUCAUGUACCGACGCUUCACCACCGAGAGCGACGUGUGGAGCUUGGGCGUGGUCCUCUGGGAGAUCUUCACCUACGGCAAGCAGCCCUGGUACCAGCUCUCUAACAACGAGGUGAUCGAGUGCAUCACGCAGGGCCGUGUGCUCCAGCGUCCGCGUACCUGCCCCAAGGAGGUUUACGACCUGAUGCUGGGUUGCUGGCAGAGGGAACCGUACACGAGGCUCAAUAUCAAGGAGAUCCACGCCAUGCUCCAAAGCCUCGCCAAGGCCUCCCCCGUCUACCUGGACAUAUUGGGCUGAGGUGAUCGCUACUACUGUACAGUACAUGUGUGUGUGUGUGAGGGGAGGGGGGCGUGUACAGGUAAUGGGCGCAUCAAUGUCCCCUGUAAAUGUUAACUGUCGUCAGUGCGUUGAGAAAAAGCCUUAAAUUCGGGACUCCUAUUUGCUUUCAAAUCCCUCGCCAUGCGUUCAGUAGCAGGCAGGUUUCGACAGGGGGAGCCACAAUGCAUUCUGGGUCACGUGACAAAAUGGCUAAUUACGGUUUUUGUUUGCGCAAACAAAAUACAUAAAUAGAGCUUUCUCCUUAAAUAUUAUUUUUUAAAUAAACGUUCCGUUUUGUGUGGAAAUUCAAAGACAUUAACCAUUUUCCCACAUUUUAUUGUGCAUUAAUAUACAA